AUGAUGACCUCGGGUUUGUCUUCCGGUAGGUUCCUCAGAGAGCUAAGCCUUUUAAAACGUAUGGCUGACUAUUCGUCCUGUGAUUCUACCAACUUAAAUCAAAUGCUGCAAGAUCUUGGUUUGGAUUUUAGUCAGUACACGUAUCCCAUGUUGCAGUGUGGUGUAGAUAAAGACACUUUGCUCCUGUUGUCCGAAGAGCAGUUGGCCAAAGAAUGUGGCGUAGACAACAGUAUUCAUCGAAUAAGGAUCUCCCAGGCUGUUCGAGGUUUGGUCCAGUCUCGAACCAGCAGUGAAGAAGACAUCACCAGCAACAAAAGUUUAGACGUCUUCAUUAGCUACAGAAGGUCAAAUGGUUCUCAGUUAGCCAGUUUGUUGAAAGUUCAUUUGCAGCUCCGAAGUUUUUCUGUUUUUAUCGACGUUGAGAGGUUGGAAGCAGGAAAAUUUGAUAACAACCUUCUCAACAGCAUAAGACAAGCCAAGCAUUUCCUCCUAGUUCUUACCCCGAAUGCUUUAGAUCGUUGUAUGGGAGACACCGAUUGCAAAGAUUGGGUUCACAGGGAAGUCGUCGAAGCGCUUCAUAGUCAGUGUAAUAUCAUUCCUAUAUUAGACAAUUUUCAAUGGCCUGAACCAGAGACCUUACCAGAAGACAUGAGAGCAGUAUGUUACUUCAAUGGAGUUAGGUGGAUCCACGACUAUCAGGACGCUUGUGUGGACAAGUUAGAGAGGUUCAUGAGGGGUGAAAUGAAUGUCAGAAGUGAUGGUCCACUAGGUCGCUACGUAGGCAUGGCCCCUGGCACCCCGGGGACUCCUAGCACCACACUCAACCGAAACGCUCUUUACCAGCGCAGUGCCAGCAACGACAGUACGAAAGGCAGUACAUGUUCUGACAAAGAGGUUGUAAAUUGUAACGGCAAUGGUAGUUCCCCAGGUGGAUCUCAUGUUUGACUCGCUUUAACGUGUCAGAUCCCCAACAAAAUUAAAUCUCCUCAAGUUAGGUGAUGAAUUCCGUAUAAAUGUUGUAUUAUCUUCACUUGUAAAUUGUGAUAGACAGAAGUGCACGUGCUGGAAAUUCGGUUUGGGAAAUGGCUCUUCAGUUUCUUACGCUACACGACUUUAAUUCUGGCAGGCCCUGAAAGUGUCAUGUUUUAUAACUCCUACAGGUGACAUGGUAGUGACCUCUAGUGGUUUCAACUUCAAGAAAGACAAGAUUAAUAAUAAUAAAAAGACAUUUUGUGAUGUCAUAUAGUCUAGGUAUAUGGAAAAGCAAGGGUAUGCUAUUCAUUAUGAAAUUUAUUAAAUAAAGUUUAGAACUAGUUUUAAAAGUCAUAUUCAGUUGGCUUGGAAAUGUUAAAAUGUGGAAUAUUUGGGCUCUUACAACUUUUGCUAAAAAAACAACUUAAUAUGUGAUGUAAUGUACGAAUAAAAUUUAUUGUCAACUUCACUUCUUAAAACCAUUAAGCCUAAGAAAAUAAAGCACUCGUUCAAACUCUUACGCGCUAAACAAGGUAGUUUAUUUUAAAAUAUCAGAUAUAAGGUUGGAAACCGAAAUGGAUUAAGAUGCUUAUUUCAAUUUUUUUGUAUAUUUUUAUUAAGGUGAUGGGUGUGUUUAAAUGUUUGUUCAUUAGAAUUUGCUCUAAAGUUAAAUCGUAAAACAAGUACGUAUAACUUCUUGUUCAAUUAUAAUAAGCCUAACAAUACGGCUUCAGGUCUGAAACACGAUAUUACAUUUUUUUUGUUUGAAGCUAUGUGCAUGUAUAUGUAUAUAUAAGGCCUAUCUGAGUAGUAAGAUUAAAUCAUAUUAAAUGAUUGUGAAAUUUCAA